AUGUCGACCCUCUAUGUCAUGAAGGUCAACUGCAAUGGCGUUUUGCGUCGCAUCUCGUCCCGCUGCUCCCCUCCGUCCUUCCGCCACGUCAGCCUUCAGAUUUUCGCGUCUCUCGACAUCCCCGCCAGCAAGCCGAUCUCGCUGACUUACACAGACACGGACGGUGACGUCAUCCACGGACGAUCUGCUGCCCUCUCCCUCGCGCUCCGAACAGAUCUCUCCCUCGUGUUCCGAACAGAUCUCUCCCUCGUGUUCCGAACAGGAUGCUAG